AUCCCCAACCAACACCGAACAAGUAUUGAAGAAAAUCCCAGUAGAAUUAGAGCAUCUAUUUUCCAAUAAAAAGACAUCCGUCAAGAAGACCAGGAACUGAUUCAUUUGAUAAAGGCUGUGACUAUGAACUUCAACAUUUCUAAAAUUCCACAAGCCUUUGGCAUCAUACUUAUGAUGGGCAUGGUCUCUGAGAUCUUAGCUGGUGCAAGCUGUCCAAGUGGCAGUGCAUUUAUGUGUUCAGGCAAUUCAGGCCUCUAUUCACCACCCAAAUCACAAACCUGCAAUGGGUCUGAUUCACUAAUGUGCUGUCAAGUUGGCCUCCCACCCCCUGCUCAGAAUUGUGUUGCACCUAGUUAUAAUGUGAAAUAGAUGUUUGUCUCAUUAUAAAAACAUCAUCACUAGUGGUUUCUGUUGUGAAUGUAUUGAAUUGAGCCAGGAAUGUCAAAUCUCAAAUUACAAUGAAUUCUAUCAAAUUUAUAAAAUGUUUUCAUUCUAAACAUUUGAUACAUAAAAUGACCCCAGAAUCCAUUGUUGUUUUGGUUUGUCUUUCCAGUCAAUCUGUUACAAAUUUACAGCCAAAUCUUGUGAUGUAACAAAUUGGCCCAUUUCUGCUGCUAGAAAUCAAAUGUUGAUCAGUUGUUUUUGAAGAGCAAAUUCAGAUAAAAAAUUGAACAACAGAUAAAAUCUAGC